AUGAGAAACCAGUCAACAAUAACAACCUUCAUUCUUUUGGGACUAACAGAUGACCCACAACUUCAAGUUCUGCUUUUUAUCUUCCUAUUUCUGACAUACAUACUUAGUGUAACAGGAAACCUGGUUAUCAUCAUCCUUACCUUGGUGGAUCCCCAUCUUAAAACACCCAUGUACUUUUUUCUUAGAAAUUUUUCAUUUCUAGAAGUUUCCUUUACCACAGUCUGUAUUCCUAGAUUUCUAUACAGUAUCUCAAGUGGAGAUAAUACCAUUACCUAUAACGCUUGUGCAAGUCAAAUAUUCUUUGUUAUUCUCUUUGGAGCAACUGAAUUUUUUCUCUUGGCAGCUAUGUCCUAUGAUCGCUAUGUGGCCAUCUGUAAACCCCUUCAUUAUAUGGCCAUUAUGAAUCCCAGGGUGUGUAUCUUAUUAGUUAUCACAUGUUGGGUAUCUGGCUUAAUGAUUAUUAUUCCACCCCUUGGCAUGGGCCUCCAACUUGACUUCUGUGAUUCCAAUGCCAUUGAUCAUUUCAGCUGUGAUGCAGGUCCCCUUCUAAAGAUCUCCUGCUCAGACACAUGGGUAAUAGAACAAAUGGUUAUACUUGUGGCUGUCUUUGCACUCAUUAUUACCCUAAUCUGUGUGAUCCUAUCCUAUACAUACAUCAUCAGAACAAUUCUGAGAUUCCCUUCCGUACAGCAAAGAAAAAAGGCCUUUUCCACCUGCUCAUCCCACAUGAUUGUGGUUUCCAUCACCUAUGGAAGCUGCAUCUUCAUCUACAUCAAGCCAUCAGCCAAGGAUGAAGUGGCCAUAAAUAAAGGAGUUUCAGUCCUCACUACUUCUGUUGCACCUCUGUUGAACCCCUUCAUUUAUACCUUAAGGAACAAGCAAGUGAAACAGGCAUUCAGUGACUCUGUAAAGAGAAUUUCACUUAUAUCAAAGAGCUAG